AUAUCCAGCUACUUAGUAAAUCUUUGUUACAGAUUCAACACGAACAAAGACGGUUACUUGAGUAUCGACGAGCUGAAAAGAAUGAUGGAAGUACUGGGAGCUCCACAAACCCACCUUGGACUGAAGGCCAUGAUGAAAGAAGUUGAUGAAGAUAGAGACAACCGCCUGUCUUUUCACGAAUUCAUGUUGGUCUUCCGCAAAGCUCGAGCUGGUGAACUGGAUGAAGACUCUGGUUUGGGGCAGCUGGCCAAAUUGACAGAAAUCGAUGUUGAAAAAGUCGGCGUUAACGGAGCUAAAGAUUUCUUUGAGGCGAAGAUUGUGGAACUUUCAAAGAAAAGCAAAUUUGAAAAUGAAAUAAAACAAGAGCAAGAGGAAAGGAAGCGUGAAGAAGAGGAGAGAGCACUAAGAAGACAACAAUUCCUCCAGAAAGCAGCAGUUUUCAGAGUUAACUGAUUGCAUUUCUCUAUGACUGAUAUCAUUUUUAUUCCAUUGAUUUUUUAAGUAGGUCAUUAAGUUAAUUGGUAAACUAUUAAGAAUUCUGUAAAUAGUGACACGAAGAAACUUACCUGUAUCACUUUUAUUUUUAGUGUUUCCGUCACUUCUAUUCUUCCAUGACUAUUUUGAAUAUUUCAGUGACAAAUGCACAUUUACUUUUGAAUAUUCUUGUAUAUAGGGUUAAUCUAGCAGUCAAUUAUUUUUGAUAGCUUAUAGUGUUAACUUAAUGUUUACCAUUUUACAUAUUGGAUUGUGAUAGUAUUUUUGUAAAUGUGAUGUGUAAAUUACAAUCAUUCAAUAAAUAAAAUCGUAUUUUGUUUUGAAAA